AUGCAUACUAUCAUGAAGAUUUCCUUUCUACAAGCCCUUCACUUAUUCAACACAGUUUCUGCUCACGCUUACAUCAAAACUUGGUCGGCCGAUGGUGGUAAAUUUGAAAAUGCUCAAAAGCAACCUUUAGGUAAUACAGCCUUCAGAGGUGUCUCAAAGAAUACUGGAUGGAUCGGUAGUAAAUUUAUCGAAACUCCAGCUAUUACUUGUGGUGCUAAUGAUACUCCUAAAGGAAAAAUUGCCGCCCCUAUCGCUCCUUUCUUCCACACGUCUGAUCAAGCUGCGAAGAAGACUUUAUCAGUUAAAGCUGGAGGAGAAAUUGACCUUGUGAUCACCGGUGAACCUGGCAAAGGAUUUCCUCACCCUAAUGGCCAUAUUCAAACUUAUCUUGGUUAUUGUGGUGCCGAAGCGAAUUCAUGUGCCAACUUCGAUGCUGCCAAAGCUAGUUACUUUAAAAUUCAAGCCGAGGUAAACGCAAUUUCUGAGAAAUUGCGUCCAAACUUUGAUCACAAGGCAGAUGGCAAUAAAUGGAACAUACCGAUCCCUUCAUUUAUUCCUCCAGGUAGCUAUAUAAUGAGAUUAGAAUUGAUUACUUUCGGACAAUCGAGCGACCAGGAGGGAAAACAAGAUCAAUAUUACGUGUACUGUGGUCAGAUCCAUGUCACAGGUUCGCGAACUCCCGCCCAUGAUCUCAGUCGUCUCGAUUCGGUUCAAUUUCCCGGAGCCUACAAGUCUGGGAACAUCCCUAAAGACCAUCUUCCAGGACCCAAGGUGAUCUCAAAGGUUGCAGGAAAUCAAUCUAAAGAAAAACAGCCCAAGGGAAAUAAAUCCAAGGACUGCAAACCGAAAAAAUCGACCUUCAACUCUAAUCAAUUAACCAAACUGACUGCUUGUGAUGGUACUUGUUUCAAAGCCAAGACCACUGCUCACGAACUCAAGCAUUUAGCCCCAUCUUGUUCACCCGAAGAUUUCUCUUGUCUAUGUCGAUCUCAUAAAUGGAUUUGUGCAUAUGUAUCCUGCGCUGAAGGAAACUGCAAGGGAGACGAGAGCAAAAAGGCAUCUGAUGAAGUUUAUUCGAAAUGUGGAGCGAUCUUAUCCUCACGUUCUCGUUUAAGUACAACCGAUUAUAUUCCCGAACAUCAAAAUCCAUCUUCAAAGGAGAUCUCAAAAUCUGAAAGUUACCACGCAGCCGUUUGUGCUUGGGCCAAAUGUGCCGAGACAAACUGUCAGGACAACACCGAUACCAUCAGAUUAGCCUCGGAUGCGAUUUAUGAAAAAUGUUAUAAGAUUACCAGCUCUCCUGUUCGAAGAAAUAGAUAG